AUGGACAAGUACCAGUUUUUAGCCACGGAUGAAUCCGUCGAGGAUUCCAAAAAGCUAGCAGAUUUGCUUGCCAAAAAUAAAGUCCAGCAACCGGUGUGGCUCAGCGGAACGGAUUUGGGUCAACCAGGAUCGUGGAUAUGGCUAUCGGUCAUGCUUCCCGUGGGCGGUGUGUCCAGCUAUGUGCGCUGGAAGGAUAAUGCCCCCAAUCCAUCCAGUUGUAUGACCGCGGAGUUGGACGACAAUAAUAUCAAAUGGUCUACAAAGCCAUGCAGCCAAACUGCUUGCUAUGUUUGUCAAAGUUUUGGAUGA